ACACACACGCGCCCACGCACACCCUGCAUCUUUGAAGGGGGCCCGGCCUGUGAGCCAGCCGCAUGUGCGACGGCUAGUUUAAUCCGUCCCCUCCGCCACACUCUAUCCCUCCCUCCUCCCUCGCCCCUUUUCUACCUUCCUUCCCCCCGUCUGCAGCCCGCCCGGCCCUGUUGAUUGCCCAUGUCAAAGCCCAGCCUCGGCCAGGAGGCCAUCCGCUUCCUGAAUGAGGAGCGCUCCCGCUCGCCGGAGACCCCCUUGCCGGUGGCCGCCGUCGUGGCCCUGAGCAAUGCUCUUUCCCUUGAGGAUGUCAGCACCACUUCCGAGAUCUUCACCCACGUGAAGCUCAUGAUCGCUGAUCUUCUCAAGUACACGCACAACUCGAUCGGCAUUUCGGCCGGGUCUUUCCUGUUCCAGCGCUUCGUGGCGCGGACACUGAUCAAUUCGGUCGGCGGCCAGGAGGCUCCGGCUCUCCGGGACACGAUCGUGUCCAGUGGCCGGCGCUUCGCCGAGCGGGCACUCCGGGCCCGGGCCCAGAUCGUCACGAAUGCCGUGCAGUUCAUCCAGGACGGGCAGACGGUCCUGGCCAUCGGCUUCUCGCGCAUGGUGCUGGAUGUCUUGCUCGGGGCCGCCAAGAAUGGCGUGCGCUUUGAUGUGCUGGUGACCGAGUCGCGGCCGGCCGGCAGCCACGGCCAUGAUACCGUGCGCGAGCUGACCCGGCUCAACAUCCCGGCCAAGGUCCUGCCCGAUGCGGCGGUGGCUCACACCAUUCAGCGGGUGGAUCUGGUGCUGACCGGUGCCCAGGGUGUCGUCGAGAGUGGCGGUGUCAUCAACGAGAUCGGCACCUACCAGUCGGCCAUCGUGGCCCGCGCCGCCGGGAAGCCCUUCUACGUGGUGGCCGAGUCGUAUAAGUUCGUCCGCGCCUAUCCCCUGGACCAGACCGACAUCGGCCUCAAUGCCUCGGUCAUGGGCACCCCUUCGUCUUGGGUGUGCGACAAGCCGCAUGCCGCCGGGGCAGUGUGCGAGCAGUCGAGCCCCGCUGAGGAGAAGAAGCCCGCCGUGGAGAAGUUCGACCAAAUCAUCGACUACACUCCGCCGGAGCUCAUCACCCUGCUCUUCACGGACAUCGGCAUCCUGACGCCGGCGGCUGUGAGCGAUGAGCUGAUCCAGCUGCACAUGUAAAGGACACAUACCGGGAUCUCCCGCCCCCCCCCCCCC